UACUGGCGGAGACAGAAAAGGAUGAAGAGGCGAGAAACGUCAACGUCAAGGAGGAGAAAAAGAGUGACUGGAUCACAGUUGGGUAAGUUAAUAAAAGCAACAAACAACAAAAGUUCUUCCUCAAUGUGUUUCCUCUGUAACUGUUGGAAUCAUUAUACCGUAACAUUUAUUGAUGUGUGUUGUACUUCACUCUCCAGAUUGUUCAGAUUAACUUCAACAACUACAGUGUUACACUUUGUUUUGCUUUACAUUCUUAGUCUAAUAGUGCAGUGGAAUCUUGUUUUGUUUGUAAAAGGUUGGAAAUUAACUUCAAAACACAAGCUAAAAUGAAAGUUGACCACUUGGACAAUAAGUCAAGACAAUGGCAUAAAACUUAAUAAAUAUCCACUGUGGUUUAAAGAUAAUAUAAGGUUGUAAGAUAUAAUACAGUUCAUCAAAAGCAGAAGACUUUUUCACAUAAUAGAUUUUUAAGACAGCAGAACACAUCAAUAAUUCUUCUUGCUAUAGCUGUUCAUCGCUUUCAUUUGAUCUGGCUUAUGAGUCUGGACAUGAUUCGAUUCCUUCCCCUCAUUUCCCCUGUUCACUCAUUCACAGUCAAUAUCUCUGCAGGGAUUUCUCACAAGAUGCGUGCAUUCUGACCACCUGGCCUCCCUGCUGUCGGCUAUUUCAUGCAUAUCACUGACAAGUCAGUGCGCACAGAGGGAGAGGUCAAUUUCGACGGAGGCUAAGAUGCUUCAUUUCCCUUUUCUUUUUCAUUCAAAUGAAUUUCUGCUUCAACUGUAAAAGUAACUUCUGCAUAUUUGUGUUUUUUUUUUGGAAUAACAUCCAGGCUCACUGGUAAAAUGGAGGACGGUGACUCACAUGUGCCGGACGCAUGCUUUAUCAGAGCCCCUGAGGGUGCGGCGGGAGGCCUGAGGUGUGAAAUGGCCGACGCCUGCAGCUGUCUCAUGGUGACCAGCUCAGAGGAGCUGGUCAGCAGAGUGAUCAGGGUCACAGUUCAUGGCAGAGCCAAAUUCCCCUUCCCCGUGACCGUGGUCGUGCCGUUUUGUGCACGUUACCGCGGCAACUACAGGGACGUUGCUGUCAAGAUAAUCGAUGGGGAGAGGAGGGUGAGCUACGUCACUCCUGUAGCAACAGAGGGAAUAUAUGGAGGACAGAGGGGCUCGUUUGCAGAGGUGAGAGUCUACUCCCUGGGUCUCUUUGCGGUUGUCUCCUGUCUAAAAAAAGAAAACUACACAAUCCCCAGAAGAGGUUUGUCCUUAAAGCUCUCCAUGGACCACCGCGUUUGCCUCAACUACCCCCCGGGAGCUUUCACUGUUCCAGUAAUGGCACAAACCAUGAUCCAGCCUGUAGAAGCCAUCCUCCUGGCUUCCGUCAAGUCAAGACGCGACGUCUUUCACUCAGUGGUGUCUACGAGCCCACUGCUCGACCUCACCCACCCGACCUUGCGGCCCAUGAGGAGACCCCUGACUGUGACUCUACCCUGUCCCCCAAACCCUGAAAAGAAGAGGGGCACGAGGGGACAAGGGAAACGCACGGAGCAACAUCACACCGGUCCUGUGGCUACAUCAUGGGAUCAACCCGCUUCCCCAAGAGUAAGAAUACUGGGCGCCUCUUUGACGUCCGUGAAGGAAAUGUCCACUGAGCUGCUGAUCGCUCUGGGUUCGCUGGACAAACAGUGGAGCGUCCUGGAGAAGGUCACAGUCAGAAGCCAGCAGAGCGGACUGGUGUCCUUCGAGCUGACAGAGAAUUUCGACAGACUGCUGGUGGUUCGCCUCCUCUCACCACUGCAGCCUUGUCACCUGGUCUCACUGGCGGAGGAGCUGGAGGAGUCGGUCGGCUGCCACGGGGUCACGGUCGUCCUCCAGCGCCGGCAGGAUGACCCUCACACCGCUCUGGUGGCUGCGCUGCCCAGCAGAGACCUCAGCUGGGAGCUGAGCAAACUGAGAGCGCGGGGCAACGGCGGCCUCCUGGAGACCUCGUCUGAUAUCUCCAUGUGCGAGGGAGACCAGCUUCUGCUGCGGUUCAGUGGCAACAUCACCUCCACAAGGAGUCGUGGUAACCAAAACGACGUCCCACUCGAGCGACUCACCUUCCACACUCAGCGCAUGAAUCGCCUCCAGGUGCAUCUCACUGAAGUGGACCCGUUUGGGAACUACAGCUCCCCUCACUACAAAGGCAUGGCUCUCUUUUAUAAAGUGACCAGGGGGGAGCUGCAGUGGCGGGGCGACACGGAGGCCGUCCCGAAGGACGCUAAGCACCGGGGGGAUCCCGUGUGCGCGCUGCCUCUGACUUUACCCAAGAGAGCGAGGAGCAUAAAUCGGCCCGUCUCGGCGAGGGUGAAGUUGUGUGAUGAGACAGCAGACACCCUGUCAGACUCUCUUCUUCUCUGGCUGGCCGGGGAGCUUUCAGAGGAGGAAACAGCCGCGCUGGUGUCGCCCCUGCGUCUCCGUCGCAGCACCGCACAGCUGGUGAAGCUGCGGGCUGGUGACAGCGUGUCCAUGCAGGCCUUCCACAUCCUGGCCAUGUGGAGGAGAGGACAACCAGCUCACCCCCACCAGCCCAAGGCCUCUCAUUUGGCUCAGUGCCUGGCAAAGAGUGGCCGGCCAGACCUGGCCCGAGAGCUGCUGCUGCGGCAGGCUGCAGCCGCCAGGCAACAGGCUCAUUGAAAUUGGGGGAGAUCACAUUGGUUUUCAAUGCUUCUGUGUGCAACAGGGAGGCCACAUGAGUUGCUUGCAAUGCUUGAUUUAAUCCACAAGGGGGCAGCAUUGGUCUAUGAGAGUUUGUGCUCUUUUCAACAUUAUUCAAAGUUCAUGUCCUGUCUUGUUAAACAUCUUAUACUUCGUUGUCUUUCGACACUAAUAUGUGUAUCUGGGAUCAUCUACAUGUAUAAUACAGACCAUUUGCCAUUUAAUUAUGAUUCUAUUUCAUAUAACUGUAUAUAAAAAAAUACAUGUAGACUACUGGAUGCUGAACAAAGUCCCGUUUUGAAGCCUCAAAAUUUGAGAUUUGACCAGCACCAAGUCAGUUUUUGCAGUUUUUUGUAAUAUUCUCUCUAAAUUGCAAUAUCAUUUACCAAACAGACUUAUUCUAUUGAAGAAGACCUGAAAAUAGCGAUCACAGGUAAAUGUUUACUGAUAUUAUAAAUCAAGUGAGAGUUAUUUUUGCAACCAGCGGAGUCGCCCCCUGGUGGCUUUACUUUUUUUUUUAAAAAUCAGAAGGUUUCAUUGCCCUCCAAUACACAGACUUUCAAUAACUGUAGGUUCACAGAAUAAUAAGACACUGAGAAACAUGGUCAUACACUCACAGUCAACCAAAGACCUCAUGAUACAAUACAAUUAUAUCCAUUACAGUCAUUUAUAAUUGAUCAUUUACUUCAAACGACAUAUUGCUAUGCAAUAAACCCGCCGUACAUGUCCAGAUAACUCAAUUUUGGAUUGUUACAUUACAAUACUGUAUACGUGUUGUCGUAUUUGGUCUGUGUUCAUUUUCUCGGGAUACUUUCAAUUUUUGGAGGCAUUCAUCACUGUCAACACCUUCAUUUUUCACUUCCUUUUGGGGCGGACAUUUGAACAAACGCCAUGACACAGACGCCGUGUCCUCUUUAAGACUUGAUGGAGUCUGUGGAUGAUGACUGAAGCUUUUCUUGCAGCAAACUAAAAACUCUGUUUUCUCUUAUGCAAGUUCCAAAACUUGAUAAAUAUAUGUAUAUUUGUG